UGCCCUCUCGCAUUACUUUGCUUACACUACAAUCACAUACUCAUCUUUCUUGGUGCGCUUCACUUUCUUUUUCUUCUUCCUUAACCCAGAAUCAGAAGAUGCAAAAUAUAAUCGUUCCAGUAAGUAAUAACCAAAGAGGUAGCAGCAACUCCUCUUUGGACUUGUGGGAUCCAGAACUCUAUUGGGAUGAUCUAUUCCAAAACUUUCCUAUUUUCCCUUCCAUGAUUUCCACUACUUAUGAUCAUAAUUUCCCUUCCUUUGGUGGAGGGAUUGAGACUCAUGUAAAUUGGAAGGAAACCCGAAGAGCCCAUGUGUUCAGAGCAGUGUUUAAUAGUGAGGAGGAUGUGUUGGUUCACAUUGAUGAUGAGAACAUGCUUGAAAUAAGUACUGAGAAUGGAAAGUUCAUGAGUAAGUUUAAGUUGCCUGAGAAUGCCAAAAGGGACGAGGUCAAGGCUUGUAUGCUCAAUGGAGUGCUCACUGUCACUAUUCCUAAAGAAGGUAUUAGGAACCCUAAUGUCAGGUCCAUUGAAAUUUCUGGUUCUGGCUAAAAUUUUGCUUGUGUAUCUUAGCUUUUCAAGGAGCUAGGAAGAUGUCAAGCCUUUUGUGGGUAGAUGAACUUGUAUUUGUGACUCUCUACUGGUGUGUCUCUCUGUGUGUGAAUUGUGAGUGUGUGUGAGAGAGAUGAGGAAUGUGAUAUGAUGUAAUGGUUUUUUUUUUUUUUCCUUUUUCUGUUCUUUAGCAUUUACUUUCUUGUGAUAUAUAAAACUCUUUUUCUGGA